GAGCCGCUUCUGCUCCGCUAUUCGAGAGGUGUAUGAGCAGCUUUAUGACACGCUGGACAUCACUGGCAGCGCCGAAAUCCGAGCCCAUGCCACAGCCAAGGUGGGCCCCGCACCUCAUUGCUCCUGGUGUCUAUUUAACUGCCUGGUCGAGCUCAGUAUCUCCUUCAUGCCAGUCAUUUCUGUUUCCUCCCUCAUGAUUUUUGCUAAAUCUAUGUGCCACUCUUACCAUUAUUAAAUAAUCGCACAUUUUUAACUUAAAUGUCAUACGAAGGCGUCUUUAGCAACUGCACAUGGAAACCAGUGUGGCAUGACUGGCUAGAAGAUAACCUUCAACAUCUGUACAGUGCAAACCAGGGAAGUCAUGGCGCUCUGAUCUCUCACUGCACAAUAGUGAGAUGCUACCUCUUGCUGCUGCCCAGAGGCUCGGAUCUCCCUCCAAGCCUGGCUUUCCUCUGUUUAAAAGCCACAGUGGCUGCCUUCACAGCCAGCGAGGGCCACGCACAUCCCAGGGUAGUGGAGCUACCCAAGACGGAUGAGGGCCUCGGCUUCAACAUCAUGGGUGGCAAAGAGCAGAACUCGCCCAUCUACAUCUCCCGGGUCAUCCCGGGGGGUGUGGCUGACCGCCAUGGAGGCCUCAAGCGUGGGGACCAACUGUUGUCGGUGAACGGUGUGAGCGUUGAGGGUGAGCAGCAUGAGAAGGCGGUGGAGCUGCUGAAGGCGGCCCAGGGCUCGGUGAAGCUGGUCGUCCGUUACACGCCGCGAGUGCUGGAGGAGAUGGAGGCCCGGUUCGAGAAGAUGCGCUCUGCCCGCCGGCGCCAGCAGCACCAAAGCUACUCGUCCUUGGAGUCUCGAGGCUGAAACCACAGAUCUGGACGCUCACACGCAUUCUCUCCCUGUACAGUAUUUAUUGUCCCUAGCACUUUAUUUAAAGGUCUUUUACCCUCA